CUGUUGAAGGGAGCGGUCGCGUCAGCGUGGAGGAGGGCGUGGCGUGACGCGUCUGACGCGUAUGACGUGGCGAGCUGGAUCAGCCGAACUCUCCUCUACACUUCAAUAGAUCAGUGUCUCUUGGCGCUUUCAAAAUAACAUUGUUUGUCAGAAAUGGAGGUAAAUACAUGCAACAUUCAAGUGCUUCUGCAGGCAGCUGAAUAUUUGGAGCGGAGGGAAAGAGAGGCCGAGCACGGUUAUGCCUCAGUGCUUCCAUUCUCCAGUAAAGGAGUUACAGAGAAGAGGAAAAAGCAGAAGUCAAAGAGUCAUUCGCCCGGGAGCAGCAGGUCUGUUCACAAUGAGUUGGAGAAACACAGGAGAGCUCAGUUAAAACAUUGUUUGGAGCAGCUGAAGGAGCAGGUUCCUCUGUCCUCUGAUUCAGCUAGAAACACAACCCUCAAUCUGCUCAGACAAGCACAGCUGCACAUCAAGAAGCUGCAGGAACAGGAUGAGCGUGCCGAGCUGCUGAAGGAUCGUCUGCGCUGGGAGCAGAGAGAACUGCGCACGCGGCUGGAGAAACUGCAGGGGGGUUCGGAGAGGAUGCGUAACGACAGCCUCGGCUCGGCUGUGUCCUCUGAGAGAUCCGACUCUGAGAGAGAGGACGUUGAGAUUGACGUGGAGAGCAUGGUGUGGACGCUGGAGUCAGAUAGUCUGGGCUCGUCACAUGCUGGGGUGGACCACAGCUACUCUACCUCCGAUCACAACUGGUUAUGACUGUCCCAGAUCUACAAACAUCACAGAACGGUAUAAAAUGGAUGGGGGACUUUACCAUCAUCAUCAUCAUCAUCACAGAACAGCCUUAUGUUGCUGCCAUUCUGAAACCAUCAGCCGCAAACAACUUUUAAGCAUGACUGGAAUGAUUUUGUGUAGAGUAUUCUUUUACACCAAUGGCAUUAUGGUGCUCUAGUAUGCUAUACACUCAUGAGAUUCAAGUGUAACAAUUUUGGUGAUGCUUUAUUUCCACAGAAUAAUUUUUUUUUUUCUGGAUUAGUUACGAUCACGUACCUGUUAGUUGUCUACUAUCCAGCUAAUGAGCUUAACUUUAGGGUCAGCCUGCAGUACACACGGCUUGCACUUAAUUGUUUAAUAUCCAGCUUAUUUAAUUCUGUUUUAACAGAGUUUUGAUACAUUGCACAAAGCAUACGCAUGAGCACUUGUGAUGUCUCUUUAGGUGUGUUGUUUCUUUCAAGUUUGAUAAUGUGUGAAAUUGCAAUUUUUCUUUUUUUUUUUUUAAUUGAAAAAAUGGGGAGGCUAAUUCAAAGGUUGUGGUGCUGCAAUUCAUAGGCCCAGAAUGCUUUCCUUUUACAGCUAAACAUUUGUUAUUUGCUACUGGGUAAAGGUACCGUUGGCUUUAAAAUGAUUGUUAUUGAACUACUAUCAGCAACAUUGUGACGUUUCAUUUUAUGCACGCUUUAUUGUGCUUUGGUUCGCUCCAGAGAAUCAAAGUUGGUGCUAUUAAAACACCCAAAAACAAGCUAUUAUGCUGAGCCCUAAGCGAGAAGCCUGAAAAACAGAAAGUAGUUUAGUGUUUUUCUUUUUAUAUAUUUUUAUUUUUCCAGUGGAUUUUCAGCAGUCGAAUCCCUUUUCCCCUUAACAUGUGUUAGUCUGCUCAUGUGAAUCUUUUUAUGCAUACUUUAAAACAGCUAUUCAGUAUGUUGGUAGUAUUGACAAAAUACAUGGGCUGUAUUUGCAAACUGUUCAGUAUCUGCUCAUAUCAGUCAUUUAUGCAAACUAUUAUGAACAUGCCUUUGUUUUUAGAUGUUUGUACAGUAAUUGUUAAUGUACAUCAAAAUGUACAUUGUAUAUACAGUUCUGAACACCAAAUGCCUUAUGAACUAUUCGUAUGUCAUUGGACCAGGAACACCUUUGUAUUUAUGUCUCUCCUUGUAUUCAUAUGUAGCAUUUUAUUAUUUUUUACCAACAUAAGCCUUUUGUACAAAUAAAUAUUUUAUGUAUUUAA